GGCCGGGCUGAGGCGCGGCCAGGCCCGCGGUGAGCGAUGUCCCUGGCGGAGCGGCGGCGGCGGCGGCAGCAGGAGGAGGAAGAGAAGCGGGAAGGGGAAGCAGGGGAUGGGGCCGGUGCCGGGGAAGAGGUGGUGCAGAUCCGGCUGGGGGACAAGUGCUACCCGGUGUGCAAGAGGAAGCUGAUCGAGCAGAGCGACUAUUUCCGAGCGCUCUACCGCUCGGGCAUGCGGGAGGCAGGGCAGGGCCAGGAGGAGCAGCUGCUGCGCGGGGGGCUGAGCGCCCUGGGGCUGGAGCUAGUGCUGGACUUCAUCAACACGUCCUGCCUGGCCAGGCUGGAGCAGGAGGAGGGCGGCGAGGAGGAGCCGCCGCUGCUGGAGGAGCUGGUGGAGGCCGCGUCCUACCUGCAGGUCACGCCCCUGCUGCGGCUGCUGCUGUCGCAGGUGCGGCUGGGCAACUGCUUCGAGCUGCACCGCCUGGCGCAGGUGUACGGCCUGCAGGACCUGCACGACGCCUGCCUGGACUUCAUGGCCGCCCACUACCACCAGGUGCUGCGCAGGCCCGACGCCCGCCCGCACCUCCUGCUGCCCCCGGCGCUGCAGCAGCAGCUGCGGGAGCGGCGCAUGAGGGGCACGGCCACCCUCGUGCUGCUCGGGGACUUCAUGGGCGCCUGCCCGCCGGGGCUGCCCGCCGGCUGUCACCCCGCGGGGGACGCGCCCUGGGCCAUGCUCAGGUACGACGAGGAGGCGCAGCGGUGGCUGCCGCUGGCCAACAACCUGCCCGCCGACCUGGUGAGCGUCCGCGGCUACGGCUCGGCCACGCUGGACAAUUACCUGUUCAUCGUCGGCGGCUACCGCAUCACCAGCCAGGAGAUCUCGGCCGCGCACUGCUACAACCCGUGCCUGAACGAGUGGAGCCAGCUGGCCUCGAUGAACCAGAAGAGGUCCAACUUCAAGCUCCUGGCUGUCAGUGGAAAGCUCUAUGCCAUCGGUGGCCAGUCCCUUUCCAACGUGGAAUGCUACAACCCGGAGAAUGACUGGUGGAAUUUUGUGGCAUCCAUGCCGAACCCUCUUGCAGAAUUCUCAGCUUGUGAAUGUAAGGGCAAGAUCUACGUUAUUGGAGGAUACACUGCACGAGGCAGGAACAUGAGCAUCCUGCAGUACUGUCCCACUUCUGAUUCCUGGACCAACUUGGAGCUGUGCGACGUGCACGUGCGCAAGCAGCAGAUGCUGUCUGUGGAGGAGACCAUCUACCUGGUGGGGGGCUGCAUCCUCGACCUCGGACCAAGCCACAGAUCCAGCCCCAGUGAGGACGUGCUGACCGUGCAGUCCUACAACAUUGCCACCAGAGAGUGGCUCUACCUCAAUGAGAACUCAUCCAAAUCCGGCCUUAACUUGACUUGCACGCUCCACAACGAUGGAGUCUAUAUCUUGAGUAGGAAUAUUACUCUGUCUUCCAGCUUGGAGCAGCGUCUGUUCCUGAAGUAUAACAUCUUCACGGACACUUGGGAGACCCUGGGGCGCUUCCCAGCCUUUGGACAGAACAUUCUGAUCUGUUCUAUGUAUUUGCCUGAUGGGCGAAAAGUGUAAGAGCACGAGGGUUUUCUUUUCAGUUCAUUACUGGUUCUUUGGUGAAAUAUUGCUGCCUCUGAAUGAUUCCAUUUUCAAAAUGUAAUCUGGUUGCAUAAUGCAGGCAUAAAAUACUGAUUCUGUUCUCUAAAAAGGUUUCAGAAUUCAGUAUGAAGAGAAAUGCUUCCAGAAACAGUUUUAAGAUGUGAAUUUGAAAAUUUUACUAGUUUGGAUUAAAAUUUCACCAGGUAUUGUUUGCAAUUUCAAUGUAAAAUUAUUGUGUUGGCAACUGAUACAGGAGUUCCAAAGGCAAAACUGAUCAGUCUGGUUUUAUUCUUAGUCUAAGCAGACAGUGUAGAACAAAACAUAUACAUUUUAAAAGUGGAAAUAAUUCAAUAAAGUAAUAAUUAGUAUAAUCAAAAUCACAA